UCUUACUUUUUGACAGUACCUGAAUGCAUCCACAGUUCGAAAGGUAUGGCGGCGGAGUGUCUGACAACAGUAACAGAGCAAUGGAUACGGGAUAGAUUACAAUUAAAACGCCCAUGUCUUGGUGAUGUCCGGUCAUUGAGCCUCCCGGGGACACACAGGGAGAAGAUCAGACAUCUGGGAACCGCACUGAAUAACUUUGUCCGUCUGAAGUCUCUGGACCUCUCCUACAACGCGCUCGUAUCCGUUAAGGGGAUUCAGCAUUUGAAACUGCUGGAGAGGCUGAUCCUGUACUAUAACUGCAUACCUUCCCUUGAAGAGGUGAAAGAGCUGUAUGAGCUGCCAGCUUUGACAGAGCUGGACCUCAGACUCAACCCUCUGACCAAGGGUCACCCACAUUACCGCAGUCACGUGGUACAUGCCAUGCCCAACCUACGCAAACUAGAUGGGUGUUCAGUCAGAGACACUGAACGCAAAGCUGCCAUAAUGCAGUUCUCCUCUGACCUUCUGCCUCAGCAGGACAGCUCAUCUGUGAAUCAGACAGCUGACCUAAGAGGCAGCAAUCAGAGGCUGGCUUUAGUUAACCGCUUAACCAAGAGGCUCUCUCUCCUGACCGACACGGAUGACAUUGUGUUGAAUUUUGUUGCGACUGAUCAUGGAUGCCAAAAUGAAGCUCAGCCCCUCUCUGACUCAGUUCGUAAGGAAACAGAGCAAGUCAAGAGGGAAGAAUCUUUUACAGAUUUUACAGAUCAAAGGAGUUCUACGCCAAAAAAGGAAAUUGCUAAAUCCAUCCUCAGGAAUCCCCCCACAAGAUACGAUGACAGAGAGUCCAAAGUGCCAAACACAAAGAAACCACUUCAUAAAAGAAGCUCUACCUCCUUAAAUGUGACUGAUAGACCAAAAGUGUCUUUUGGCCCCUGUGUAGAGGAACAUAGGCCUGUGCCUGGAAAACAAAAGCAAAAGGACCUCCCAAAACAAACCAGACUUGUAGCCAGAGGACAUUUUACCCCCAAUCCUGAUCAAAGUUGCUGUCACAGUUCGUCAUUUAUUAAUAUCCGGCCUCCCAGUCCACGUCGGCCUGGUUUAAAUCUGUCUAACCCAUCUAACCCCAUCUUACAUCCUCCAAGACUGACUUAUUCCAGCUUCAACAAGACAGAGGGCAGCUCCAGCCUAGUGCAGAAAGAGGAAAAGAAAAAAAGGGGUAGUUAUAGGAAACCACUGGAGAUGCUCCUCAACCUCGUGGACAAACACUGGGCGGGAGAGAGAUCACUGCAUCAAAACAACAACUUCCUGUCUCAGGCAGUCCAGAUCCUCUCAAUGAUGGAAAAUGAUAUUUCCAGUCGGGAGGCUGAGGUCAGGACCUUAAGACGGGAAGCUGAUGCACUGAGCUUCCAAGCAGCUGCGCGAGAGGAAGAGUACAAAACUGAAGUCCGUAAGCUCUCUGCUCAGCUGGAGGAAGCUGAUGGUGCAGCUAGGAAACUAAAUGAGCAGCUGAGGAUUGUCUUGGAGGAAAAUGUGGCUCUGCAGAAACAGCUCAUCAAGUUAGAACGGCAGUAUCUCAAGUCUAUGAUGAAAAGUUCACCUAUUACUCAGAUUAAAGAGGCUCAGACAGAAGUGGAGGAGCUGAGGAAGGAGAUUGAGGGGUUGAGGGGAAAAGUACAGGAGGCUGAGAAAGUCAAAGAAUUGUCCAAUAUGCUGCAAGAAAGCCACAGGUCCCUGGUGGCUACUAACGAGUGUUUGCUAGCAGAGCUGAAGGGAAGUGCUGAACUUUAAAGGAGAACUUCAAUGAAAAGAAGCACACUUGGAUGAAAAUUUCAAAGCCAGACUAUGCAAAGCAUCCUGAGAGCAUUGCAUUUGCAACAUGAGGCUCAGCACCUACAGACUGUUUCUAAAUCAUUUUUACUAUAUGUCACCGCACUGUACAUUUAUUUUUUUGUGUGUUAAGUUCCCAGCCCUUGUGUGUUUACAGUAUAGUGUUAUUAUGUCAAAAAUGUGUAUAGACUGUGUUUGCUGGAUGUAAACAGUUACAGGGAAAGGUAAUUCAUUCAAGAAAGUUUGUUUAUAAGUGUGUGACAGGGCCGUAAUGUUAAAUGAUUAUAAGGGGGAAAUAGUGUUAGUGGGAAGGUCAUAAUGUAUUUUCUGGAUCAGUGGCUGGAUUGUGUCUCUCUUUGCUAUUUUCCUGCAUUUUUUAGGUCACUUAGGUCUCCAUCUGCUUUGUAUGCUGCAGUGGAAUGAAUGCAUCUAGAUUCCAGCUGCACUGUGACUUUAUUUAUACCUCUGCCUUAGGGCCGGACAGCUACACACACAUAUGCUUUCCUUUCUGAAACACUAAUGCAAGACCUGGCAAACCAGGUUAGGAUGUGGCUGCUGCUAUACAAACGUGAUGC